AACAGGGUAGUAUUUUCACUUCCUGAAUCAUAGCAAGACACGGCACAUUUACGGCUCGCAGAAUUGGACAGAUUAUGCAGCACAGGGUAAUACAUUGAUAGAAAUCUGUUGAGUAAAAAGAAGAAGAGAAAAAGAAGAAACAAAAACAAACAAAACAAAAAAAACCAACAAGCUUUGCACGUACAUGUCUUGUAGCAGAGUAUAGAACAUCAAAUGUUGGAUCAUUUGUUUUUCACUAGCUUCACUGCCAAGAGAUUUGCCAAAAAUUGAUCACCAAAAAAGAAGCUUUUUGUCUUGUGGUGUAAAAGCAUGGCGUCAGCAGAGAUAAAAGCAAGUGAUGUUGCCAUUAUUUCUCAAUUGACCCAUCAAAUGAACCCAGGAGACGUAACAGGAGGAGUUCAGCAAAAGAAGGCAGCUCUACCACUCACAAAAUUUUUUCAAGGACAACCUGAAGCCCUAGGAGUCAUUCAGAUAUUUGCAGGAUCACUUCAGAUAGGUUUGGGAGUUGGCCUCAGUAUUUACAGAGUCCAUCAUAAUAUAUUAGACGAUUCCAAACUUGCAUUGUGGACCGGCUUGUUGUACAUUAUUUCUGGAUCUCUUUCAGUUGCUGCAUCUAACAAACCAACUAAGAUAAUGGUGAACACCAGCUUUAUUAUCAACACAAUCAGUACACUGAUGGCUGCGGUUUCCCUUUUAAUAUAUAUUAGUUAUCUUAUUAGUGAAGGGAACAGGAGUACCAUAUACAGUACAUACUACAUACAAUGUGCCUACUAUGAUCCAAUACACAAAUGUAAAGGAAAUUUCAACUUAAAACAUGCACUAAUAUGCAUUGGAGCAAUACUUGUAAUCUCUACUCUUCUGCAGUUCUGCACUUCCCUGUCCAUGUCCAUCUUUGGAUGCAAAACAUUGUGCCGUACAUCUGACAGUGGAAUGCAUGUGGUGAUUUAUCACACUACUUCCUUGAAUGCUGGCAACCCGGCCAACGUUUCUGCUUCAGUUCUUCCUCCUGAUGCUCAGUGAAAGAUAAAGCAACAUGGUUAAUAACAUUAAAAUUAUUAUAAUUUUUUUUUAACGCAUUCUUCAGAUUUCCAUUAAAUAUGAUUGACAGAUUAUGUUUUUUCAGAACACACAAAUGAUUCAUGUUCUUGAGUAGUGCUUGAAACGUUCCCCCAGUAAUGUGUAGUAUUCAUCUUCUGCACCAGUAAAAUUAAUUAUGGCAUGGACCCAAAGAAAGGAUUUUUAGGAUGAACUAAUUGAACUCACUCAUGCUAUAUACUGCUUCAAGCACUUUUAACUAAUAGGCACUAAGAAGUCCUGUGUAUUCUACAAAACUGUGGUGAUAUGUCAGCAUCAGUAAAAUAAACAUUGUGCUGGUCUAUGGUAAUACACAAUCAACAUUUUAUGUAGACAGUUCAUGGGCAAAUGUGUACUUGAUUCUUAAUGUUAAAUAUGAAAAGCACAAAUAUACACCCAUCAGCUUCAGGCAGUUUUGUAAAGUUAGGUUUUAAUAGGAAUAUGUGAAAACUACCAUUUUAUCUUUGCGAAAAUGAUUAUAUGCUACGUGCCAUAAGUUCUCAAAAUCCUUAA